CUGGUGAAGAACCUGAUCAAGCUGAGCGUGAAGGCGGGGAUCCUCCACCGCAACGACCAGUUCAACGCCGAGGAGCUGGCGAUGAUCGAGGAGUUCCGGAGGAAGUUCCUCAACCUGGGGAAGACGGUCAUCAGCUUCCAGGAGGUCGAGUUCUCCUACGACCGGGCCUUCCUCGUGGCGCGCAUGCGCGAGUGCAGGAACCUGUUCCAGGGGAUCGUGCAGAGACAUCUGACGGAGAAGAGCGUGAACAGGAUCGAACUGAUCUUCAGGUUCUUCUCGGAUCCGGCGUUCUUGGAUCAGGCGUUUCGGAAGGAUUAUCCGCACCGGGAGAUCGUGGAUCGGAUCGUGCAGGACCUCCACAAGUCCAUCGAGGAGGGGCGAUUGUGA